CGCCGGCGCCGGGCCAUGUACUCCGGGAACCGCAGCGGCGGCCAGGACUUGUGGGAGGGCGGCGGGGGCUCGGGCGGCGCGGGGCCGGCGGGUACGCUCAGCCCCGCGCCCGUCUUCCGCUCGGGCACCUACGAGCGCCUGGCGCUGCUGGUCGGCUCCAUUGGGCUGCUGGGUGUCGGCAACAACCUGCUGGUGCUCGUCCUGUACUACAAGUUCCAGCGGCUCCGCACGCCCACUCACCUGUUCCUGGUCAACAUCAGCCUCAGCGACCUGCUCGUGUCCCUCUUCGGGGUCACCUUUACCUUCGUGUCCUGCCUGAGGAACGGCUGGGUCUGGGACACCGUGGGCUGCGUGUGGGACGGGUUUAGCAGCAGCCUCUUCGGGAUUGCUUCCAUCACAACCCUAACUGUGCUGGCCUAUGAACGUUAUAUUCGUGUGGUCCAUGCCAGAGUGAUCAAUUUCUCCUGGGCCUGGAGGUCCAUUACCUACAUCUGGCUCUACUCACUGGCCUGGUCAGGAGCGCCUCUACUAGGCUGGAACAGGUACAUCCUGGACACACACGGACUAGCCUGCACUGUGGACUGGAAAUCCAACAACUCCAGUGAUUCCUCCUUUGUGCUUUUCUUAUUUCUCGGCUGCCUGGUGGUGCCCGUGGGCGUCAUAGCGCAUUGUUAUGGCCAUAUUCUCUAUUCCAUUCGAAUGCUUCGUUGUGUUGAAGAUCUCCAGACAAUUCAAGUGAUCAAAAUUUUAAGACAUGAAAAGAAACUGGCCAAAAUGUGUCUUUUUAUGAUAUUCACCUUCUUGAUCUGUUGGAUGCCUUAUAUCGUCAUCUGUUUCUUGGUGGUUAAUGGUUAUGGACACCUGGUCACUCCAACAAUAUCAAUUGUUUCGUAUCUCUUUGCUAAAUCAAGCACUGUAUAUAAUCCAGUUAUUUAUACCUUCAUGAUCAGAAAGUUUCGAAGAUCCCUUUUGCAGCUGCUAUGUUUCCGCCUGCUGAGAUGCCAGCGGCCUGCUAAAGACCUGCCAGUGGUUGGGAGUGAAAUGCAGAUCAGACCUAUUGUGAUGUCACAGAAAGAUGGGGACAGGCCAAAGAAGAAAGUGACUUUUAACUCUUCUUCCAUCAUUUUUAUCAUUACCAGUGAUGAGUCGUUAUCCGUCAACAACAUUGACAAAACCAAUGGGUCCAAAGCUGAUGUAAUCCAGAUUCGUCCUUUAUAGGAAUGAAUAAUGCUAACAACAACAAAAAAAAAAACAGGGGUCUUAAAUCAGACACUACUUUUA